GGUGGCCGUGAUGGAGCGACACUGCUCAUCUACCAUCCCCUGGCGCACGCUGCGCGAGAAGAUUGUGGCGGCGAAGAGCAACGGUCAGAUCCCCUACGUGGAGACAUUCUCCGAGGCCCCGCGGCCGACCGGCCCACGAGCGAGCACGCAGGAGAGCCCGAGCGUCGUGGAGGCGCUCUACCGCAACAGGGACCGGCUAGAGACCAUCUUCCGGAUUCUGGACAAGGACCACUCUGGGUUCCUCUCAUUGGACGAGUUCGCCGACGCCUGCUCCCUCCUACGGAACUACCUGUGCGAGCCGAUCCCAUACGACGAGAUGGUCAACAUGGCCAGAAGCAUGGACAUCAAUAAGGACGGCUUCAUCGACUUCAACGAGUUCCUGGAGACCUUUCGGCUGGUUGACAUGGAGGGGAGUUAUGCCGUGGAGGACGCGUGACAUUGAAAGCCGACAACAUCUGCCCGAUAUCGGUUGGUGGACCCGUGCAAUAUGUGCCGUCACAUCAAGAGGAACCAAACCGAGAUCUCUUGAAUGCGUUAUGCCGAAAAGCGCGCCGUAUAUCUACAUAAAUAUACCACGUGCCGGUCCAACGUGCUGGUUACACGUGAGAUGUAUCGGUCUUGUCGAAGGUGAGAAGCUUCCUGAAUGUGAGGAGUGCUGCUGAUUGCUUUUAUUCAGCAAAUAAUGCCGUUCCUCUUGGCCUCGGUCUGAAUGAACUGUAUUUUCUUAUCAGCUCCCACUACGCCCGAAGCAGAGUCAGGCAGGAUUGAGUGAUCUAUCGCCAUCAACAUUGCUGUGACCUGGGUGGCAACUUCGUACUGCGAGUAUGUAUUGCUUUGUGAUGACUUGCCAAAGCGCGCAGUUGUUUGCUAUUGUCGGUAGCCCAUUGGAUGGAUUGAGGGUGACAAAGAAUGACCGGAACGUUAGGAUUGAGGGUGGAAGUUUUUGUUAGUACAUCUAGCGUCUUGAUAUCCAUGCGUUUACGGUCCCCGUACCUGCUUACCCGUGCUGUACACUUGUAGGGCGUCGUACACUCUGACCAAUGUGUGACAUGCAUACGACAGACUUCGCGUUCUAGGAACCGCGUUCAAGGUUCCUGCCUCCGACAGCCAACUGGUGCCAGGUUCAGAAAACCAGGCUGACACAGGGCCGGCCAUGCUGCGGAAUUGUUUGCCAUUGCACCAUGACAAAUGAACCCAUCCUCAAGAAAGCACCGCCGGAUUUUAAGAAGUGUCGUCAGCGAAACUGAGAUGAAACGGGCUUAACCAGCAUUCUGACAGCGAAAGCAUGCCUGCAAAACAUUCGGAAUACGUCUUCUAUCCAUCUAAAUAAGCGCGCUCGUUCAAAGUUUUGCAGCAUUUUGACAUCAGUUGUUUUGUUUUUGAUCAUUUCUACUCUAGAGUAAAACCUGUUGGAAGAAUCUUUUGUUAUCACUGCGUCCUAUGUGUCGUCAGAGUGAUGUCAAUCCGGUACAAAGAUCGGCCGAAUUUUUGCAGGCCCUUUUCUUGUGUUUCGUCGCAUUGCUUUUCGCACCCUUGACCACAGGUAACUGUGACAAAAAACCAUGUAUGUAUUUUGCUAACUGUUCCUGACCUCUGGGAGCAAGAGGUAGAACUUCCAGCUAUUAGUAUGCAUUAAAUCAUGAACAUUCCGUGCAUUUUUUCAGAAUGUUGCGAACUCUGACGCUGUAUUUCGUGCAGAAAGCUACAGGAGGGGAAAUAGCCAAUGUUAAAAGGGUUUACUUCGUCGACAGCACGGCCUGAAGUCACGCUGGAUCAAUGUGAAAAUCAUAGCAUGCUCUCUUGUGAAUAUCUAACUUGGCGUACGGGUGAUGUUGCUGUUCAAUGGCAAUGGUGUGAGGCAUUUGAUAUGUGGUUUUUAAUCAUUCAUCCGUGAAUGAGAUGCAAUAUAUGCGUAAUUAGGCCAAAUAAUCAGAAGCCAUACUAGUUAAAUUAAAAUCCACCAAUUGCCGGAACUGUGUGAAAGGAAAGCUGCAAAAGCGAUGGCUUGCGUGUUUCAUUAGCUUCCACAUGUGUGGUUACCACGCGUUGAGAAUGUUUCACGUUUUCCAUCCUGUUGAUGUCAUCCUUGGAUGCUUUGCCUUGUGCCUGCGGUCCGCCUGCGGUGGACGACGCUCCACGCCCAACUGCUGUUGAUGU